AUGGCUACCCAAAGUGUUCGGACUAAACGUAAAAGUAAAUGGGAUCAACGUGCUCCCAAUGUCAAUGAUAAAGCCAAUUUAACCACAGAAAAUAAGGCUGAUGAUAAUCCACCUUCAACUGUAAAUGAAGAGGAUAAAGCCGCCGUAGCCAAAGCUGCUGCAGCAAGAUUAAAUGCUAUCUUAGCUGCGAAAGGCAAGAUUAUCAAGAGUGAACCACCUCCCGCUCUGGCUAAACCCACAACUACAAGUAGUGUGACGAAUACAAGUACGAGUAGUACCUCCGAUAACAAUGGAAGCAAUCAAGCUUCGAAAUCAUCUCAACCAGCAGUAAUUACAGCCGAAAUAGAAAUUAAUGACUUAAUUAGCAGGACUAUUCUAUGUAAAGGCCUAACUCAGGAUGAUAUUAACAGACAGUCCGGUGCUGCCGUAUCAACUAAAGGGCGUUACAUCUCACCCAGUGAGAAACUAGGCAUUGAUUUAACAGUAGAUAGACCUUUAUACCUACAUAUUCAAGCAGCGGCAAAGGAAAAUAUUCACACUGCUGCUAGAAUUAUUUUAGCAAAGAUUGCCAAAAUUGAUCCAGCAACUAAACCUGAAGUUAAAUAUACACCAGCAGAUGCCGCUCCAUCAUCAACUAACGUCACUACUACAACAGUGCCUCUUCCAACAGGGCUACAUUAUGUCCAGGAUAAGGUCUUUGUGGGUCUAAAUGACGCCCCUGCACAAUUUAAUUUGAAAGAAAAAUUACAGGGUUCAAAUGGUAGCUUCUUCCUGCACAUAAUAAAAGAAACAGGCGCAAAGGUGCAGUUAAGAGGGAAGGGCUCUGGAUACAUCGAACCGACUUCCGGCAAGGAAGCCUUCGAACCGUUACACAUUUAUGUGAAUCAUGGAACAUACGAAGGCCUCGAAUCUGCAAAAAAGCUUUGUCAAAAUCUAGUUGACACGGUAAAGCAACAAUAUAAACAAUUUGAAGAAUCACAAGCGAAGGCUCAAGUUCCCAUAACAUAUCAGUCUCCUUAUCCAACACCUAAUACAAAUUAUUUUGCAUCUGGAUAUCCCCCACCUUCUCCGGUACCUUAUCAGAAUAUGUAUGGGUAUCCUAUGUAUGGGCAGCAACAAGUACCUCCUGCUCUUCCACCUCAUAUGGUCUCACCUAAUCCUUAUGCCUCUCCAUAUGGACAAUUCGCAAAUUAUGGACAAUCAAAUCAGUAUCAAGGAAAUAUGUACAAUAAUUAUUACGGUUAUCCAAUGGCUACUUAUACUCAAAACGAAAUUCCUCAAGUGUCGCCAUCAACCACCGUAAAUCAAGAAGAGCCACCGGCGAAAAAAUUAAAAAAUGAAGAACCAAAUAGUAGUUCAAUUGCGGAAGAUUCCAGUGAACUCCCCCAAGAUAUCGAAAAAAUGCCUAAUCUACCUGAUUAUACCAAUACUCUAAACGCAAUAGGGAAGGAUGAGAUUUCGCAGAAAGUAGGGAAUAAAGCUAUUGACGUGCCAGAUCCAUUUGGAUUAUUAGGAACUGGUAAAUCUAAUAGUAAACCAAAAUCAUCAAGACAAAAUACUGAAACAUCAGCAAUGAAAGAUCGAGAUUUAAUGCCUCCGCCAGCAUUUCUUCCUGUAUCUAAUCCAAUAGCUCCUGGAAACACUAAAAUCCAAGCCUCCAAUGGUUUUAAAUCUACCACUAAGCAGAAGAACUCAACAGGUGAAAGUAGUAAAUCAGGGCUGUUGUCUUUAGCCUCUUACGGUUCAGAUUCUGAUGAAGAAUCUUCCGACAGUGCAAGCGCACCAGAUGGUAAUCGCUUGCCAUUUUGGGCUGCACAUGAUUAUAAAAAGGCAACCGAAUAG